AUGAGUUCAUGGACACCCGAUCAACGUGGACUUCUUGAAGUGAUGGAACUUCUCGUCAACAGCAGAAAGGGAAAUACUCAGAUUCAACGAGAAUGUACCAAGAAAAUGAAUGAACUCAACGACAACGUUCCCGACUUUAACAUUUAUUUGGUUCAUAUUUUCGUUCGAUGUAAAGACGUUGAGCCUGCAAUCAGACAAGCCGCUGGUCUGAUUUUGAAGGCCAACUUGAAACAAAAAUUAGUAACUCUACAAGAUGCGGCAAAGGAACACUUGAAGCUAUUGCUUUUGGAGGCUCUUGGAGAUGAAAUUCAAUUCAUUCGAACUACUGCUGGAGCUCUUAUUUCUUUUAUCCUAUACUGGGAUACUGUUGAAGCUUGGCCAACAUGCAUUUCUCAACUCGUUUCUCUCCUUACAAACAACACAAAUAAUGUUACACUGAUCAGCGGUGUGAUGGAUUGUAUGUCCAAAGUUUGUGAAGAUAACUAUUCUCAAUUUGUAGGAACUUAUGCCGACCAACUGGCAUAUUUGAUUCCUACCUUGAUUAGAUUUUUGGAAUAUCCUUCAGAAAAUGUAAAAAGAGAUGCUUUGGGUUCAAUACUUCACUUUUUCCAAUUAGACCCACUCCCCACACACUUGUUGAAUAAUAUGGACUCAUUCCUCAAAAGUCUGUUCAAUAUUGCAAACGAAAAUGCAGUAGUUCUUAGAAAAUAUUCAUGCCGAGCAUUUGUUAUGCUGUUAGAUACCCCUGAAUAUUUAAGAAAUGCAAUUUCUACUGUAUUUGAAUAUAUGAUCCAUUGUACAUCUUCCGGAGAGGAAAGUCUUGCUUUGGAGGCAUGUGAGUUCUGGACUGUUUUGUUGGAUCUUGAUCCAAAGAAUUCGUGUCAACAAUUUUAUCCAGUACUUCAAAAUUAUUUGCCUCAAUUGGUUCCUGUUCUGUUAGAUAAGAUGCAAUAUUCUGAGUUUGAACAACAAUCUCUUCUGCAUGACUCGGAGAGACCAGACAGAGACUCUGACAUUGAUCCUUCAGUGUAUCACGUGAGACCAAAAGAUACUAUUGAAGAAGAGGGUCAAUACGACGAAGAAGAUGAUGAAGAGUAUGAAGAUUGGGACGAAGAAAAUGGAGGUGAUGACUGGAGCUUGAGAAAAUGUGCUGCUACUUCACUAGAUUUAUUAUCUAACAUUUUUGGUUCUUCCAUUCUUCCAUUCUUGUUACCUCAAAUUGAACAAAAGAUGUCUCCUGAGAUGCCUUGGCCAGUGAAAGAAAGCGCAAUUUUGGCGUUGGGAGCGAUAUCAGAGGGAUGUAUGACUGGCAUGCUGCAACACCUUCCAAAAUUAAUUCCAUACAUGCUUACUUUAAUCGAUGAUGAAAAGCCUCUAGUGAGAAACAUUACAUGUUGGAGUUUGAGUAGAUACUCGAGAUGGAUUGUAGAACAACCAUUGGAUAGAUACUUUGAACCAGUGUUGGCAGCCAUCCUUAAGAAAAUGUUGGACAAGAACAAGGUUGUUCAAGAAGCAGCAAGUUCUGCAUUUGCAACACUUGAAGACCAUGCUAAGACUCUUUUAAUUCCUUAUCUUAAGCCAGUUUUGGAAACUAUUGCAAGUGCUUUCCAAAUCUAUCAAAAGAAGAACGUAUUUAUUUUGUAUGAUGCCAUUAGAACAUUAUCUGACUCUGUUGGAGCUCAUUUGAAUAAGCCAGUCUUUAUCCAACUGAUCAUUCCGCCACUAAUCACUAAAUGGAACUCAUUGUCUGACGAUGAUAAGGACUUGCUACCACUUCUUGAGUGUUUAACAGGUGUAUCAACUGCUCUUCAAUCUGGAUUCCAAUCUUUUGCUGCUCCAGUAUUCCAGAGAUGCCUUAAAAUUAUUCAAACCACAUACGCGAUGGAGGCAAAGAAUCCAGAGGAGGCUGACAAGGAUUUUGUCAUUUGUGCUCUGGAUCUUAUUGGAGGAAUAUUGGAAGGUUUAGGAUCAUCUGCCUCUUCUCUGAUUCUUACUGGACCAGAGUUGUUAAAUGUCUUGUUUUUGUGUAUUAAGGACAAAGUUCAAGAUGUAAGACAAAGUGCAUUUGGUGUCAUUGGAGACCUUGCCAAAGGAAGUAUUGAAUAUCUUCGUGGUGCACUUUCGGAAUUCUUACCUAUCAUGAUUGCCAAUCUCAAUGCUAAAACUGCUUCGGUGUGUAGCAACGCGUGUUGGGCACUUGGUGAAAUUACAGCGAAGAUUGGUAGUGACAUUAAUCCUUACGCCACUGAAAUGCUGGCUAAGAUGAUCCCAAUUAUCAAUGCAUCAAACACUUAUUCUACGUUGGUUGAAAAUCUUAGCGUUUCUAUUGGUAGAAUAGGAUUGGUGUGUCCAAAGAUAGUUUCCACACAAUUGCCAACCAUUUGUAAAAACUUGUGCUUGGGAUUAUCGAAGAUCAACAACAAAAUAGAAAGAGAACAUGGAUAUGCCGGAUUAUGUGCUAUCGUUAGAGAAAACCCUCAAGGAGCCAUUCCACAUUUCCCAUAUGUUCUAGAUGCCAUUUCCAACUGCAAAGAUCCAAGCCCAGAGCUAAAGAAUGAAUUUAUUAACAUUCUUCAAGGAUUUAAGCAAGGUAUGGGUGAGCAAGCAUGGUCCUCAUUUUUAUCUAGCAUCCCAGAAGAUAUCACCCUCAAACUUAGACAAGAGUAUAAUAUUUAA